ACCGGAAGUCGCUGGCCGCCCGUGAGUGUCUCUGGCUUUCGUCCCCCUGACGGACGCGAAGGAGACCCCCCCGCGGCCCGUUGCCAUGGUGUUCUACUUCACGUCCAACGUUGUUCCUGCCGCUUACACAAUUUAUAUGGGAAAAGAUAAAUAUGAAAAUGAAGACCUAAUAAAAUAUGGCUGGCCUGAAGAUGUUUGGUUUCAUGUGGACAAGCUCUCUUCCGCGCACGUGUACCUCCGGCUACACAAGGGGCAGACGAUGGAUGAUAUCCCGAAGGAGGUCUUGAUAGAUUGUGCACACCUUGUGAAGGCCAACAGCAUCCAAGGCUGCAAAAUGAACAACGUCAACGUGGUGUACACCUCGUGGGCCAACCUGAAGAAAACGGCAGACAUGGACGUGGGGCAGAUUGGUUUUCACCGGCAGAAGGACGUCAAGAUAUUGACGGUGGAGAAGAAAGUGAAUGAGAUCUUGAACCGGCUGGAGAAGACCAAAGUGGAGCGAUUCCCAGACCUGGAGGCGGAGAAGGAAGGCCGCGACCGGGAAGAGAGGAACGAGAAGAAGGCCCAGAUCCAAGAGAUGAAGCGGAAAGAGAAAGAGGAGGUGAAGAAGAAGAAAGAGAUGGAGGAGCUGAGAAAUUACUCUUCCUUAAUGAAGGCAGAGAACAUGUCCUCCAAUCAGGACGGCAACGACUCGGACGAUUUCAUGUAAGCGAAGGCGCCCUCCUUUCGGGAGACGAAGGUGGAACUUGACAUCUGAGCGCUUUGCUGUUGAUGCCAAAAAUGAGCACAUGAA